ACAAAGAACUACAUGGAUUGUCGUAAUUCUUUCAACAACUCUUACUCAAGCUGCCUGGUUAUGUUCCUGUGUUGUGGACUUGGUGGAAGUGUCGGAUUGUUUAAAUUGUAACCGCUAGAGGGAUACAUAUACGCCUCUGAAACUCCGUAAACACCAUCCUAUCACUAUGUGCCAUGGAGAGAAUUGCCGUCAGUGAGAGUUGCCUACCUGUGUGACUUCCCACUUUGAAAAAAGAAAAAGAAAAACACACACACACACACACACAGCCCCGGAACAUUUGAAACCUGAGUUGCUCUUAAAAAAAAAGACUUAGAAAGAAACUGCCUCUAAAGCGGACUGCGAGCUCCGACUCCUCCAAGUGUUAUCUGCUUCAGGCAAUCAAUGAGGACCGCGAUGCUUACUUCUGCAGAUCUCUGUCCCUCUUUCUCUCAUUCGCCUUACCAGUUAUUAUAGUGCAUUUCAACUUUUGUGCAGGCACACAGGCAAAGGGAAGUUUGGAUUCCAUUUUUGAUCACAAUUUACCUCUUGUUUCCUGUAAUAAAUAUGAGAGGUCGGUUUGUUGUCACUUUUCUUUGGAAUUUAAUAUGUGCCAUUUCUUAUGCUGUUUUACGGGUAGGAUAAGGAAACAACAAAAAGGUGUGACAAGAGCCUGGCGGACAACUGUGGAUUUCUGCGAGUAACUCCUACCGUCCAAAGGCGAUGAGGGGGGCAUCGGCCGGACCCCCCUCUUGAUUGAUUACUUAUUAGUCAUCCCUUUGGCUAAAUGGGACCCAUUGAAAAGGCACCGUGGAACACAUACAUGAAUCAAAUAUUCCUGUGUCCCCUGAAUGUCUCAAGAGUAGUUUUGCUUAAGAGAGGGGGUCGUGGCUUAGCAUUAUAAAGAGGGAAAACAGCAUAGCUUUAUGGGUUUAUUUAGACAGUUUCUACGGUUUGACAUUGUACCGCUGUAAGAAAAAAAAAAAAAAAAAAAAAAAAAAAAAAAAAAAAAGAGAGAGGGAAAAACUCGAGAGGAUUCCAAAGAGAAGAACAUUGUGGACAUACAUUUUUUUCUAGUUACUCAGUUGUUUCUUUUAUUUUUUCUCUUAUUUUAAAUAUUUUUUGCCAUUUCCUCUUCCGAAAAAUGAAACUUUGGACAUCUCCCUGGGUGUCUUGCCUGGUGAUUCUCCUCUUGUGUUUUGGAUCAGAGUGCGGGACAGUCCGGAGAAAGGGGAGAUCCAAGAGGGAGUUGGUGCGCAUUAGGGAGGCGAAAGCCACCAUCCCAGGGGCUUGUGCCACACGUCUGCCCCGGGGCAAACGGUCUUUGCCCGGCUUGGAGCGACGGGUGCUUCGCCAGCGUCGGCGCUCCUCUCAGGCGGAGGAAAACUCUCCAGACCGGGGGAAAGCUGUCUAUUUUACCGGCAGGGGUGAUCAGCUACGACUGAAGCCCGGCGUGGAGAUACCCAGAGGAAAUUUCACUCUGGAGAUGUGGAUCAAACCGGAGGGAGGUCAACGAUCACCCACAGUGAUUGCAGGGCUAUAUGACAAAUGUUUCUACGCCUCCAGUGACCGAGGUUGGCUGCUUGGAAUCCAGGCGGUCAGUGAAUAUGGGAAUCGUGACCCUCGUUUCUUCUUCUCCCUUAAAACCGACCGUGCUCACAAAGUGACCUCCAUUCACUCCAGCUCUCGCUAUGUACCUAACCAAUGGGCACAUGUGGCAGUCACAUACGAUGGUGUGUACAUGAAGCUCUUUGUCAAUGGUGCCCAAGUUGGCGUCAGUCGGGAACAGUCGGGUGACGUCUUCAGCCACUUGACCAAAAAGUGCAAAGUGUUGAUGAUUGGGGGAAAUGCACUGAAUCAUAAUUACAGGGGAGCAGUGGAAAGGGUGGGUUUGUGGAGGCAGGCCCGAGGUCAGAGACAGAUUAUCAGGGAUAUGCAGGGCCAUGAGGACCCCCAAGAUCUACCUCAGCUGGUCAUUCGUGAAACAUUUGAGCAUCCAGGUCGGAAGUGGCUGACUGUAAAAGACGGUAGCUUUCCUCAGCCUGAGCAAGGAGGAGGUGGACGGUUAGGGUUUCUGAAUGGCGGUGGAGUUGGAAAUUCGGAGGGAUUAUUGGACACAUCACUUGAACCUUCAGCUUGUGGUCAAACUCUCUGUGACAACAUUGAGGUUAUCAAAAACUACAACCACCUUUGGACCUUCCGCCGGCCCAAGAAAGUACGAUAUCGCGUUAUAAAUAUUUGGGACGAUGCACAGAUGAGGCCAACUGUAACAGACCACCAGAUCAGCCUGCAGCACCAGCAGCUAAAUGAUGCCUUUAGCCCCUACAACAUCACCUGGGAGCUUAGCAUUCACAAUGUGACCAAUUCCUCCCUUCGAAAUCGGUUGAUUCUAGCUAAUUGUGAUAUCAGCAAAAUUGGUGAUGAUGCAUGUGACCCAGAAUGCAACCAUCCACUAACAGGGUUUGAUGCAGGUGACUGCAUGUCUGGCCAUCGGAGCCGUUGCCCUGAGCACAAGCAGGGAAAUGGUAUAUGUGACCCUGAAUGUAACUGGGAAAACUUCUUCUAUGAUCUUGGCGACUGCUGUAACCCCAAUGUGACAGAUGUGACCAAGACAUGCUUCAACCGCUCCUCUCCACACAAAGCCUAUUUGGAUGUGAAAGAGCUGAAAGAGAUUCUGCAUUUGGAUGGCUCAACUCACCUGAAUGUCUUCUUUGCCAAUUCUUCUGAUGAAGAUCUGGCGGGGGUUGCCACUUGGCCCUGGGACAAAGAGGCCCUCACACAUUUGGGUGGAAUUGUGCUAAACCCGUCUUUCUAUGGUACAUUUGGUCACACUGAUACAAUGGUCCAUGAGAUUGGGCACAGUCUUGGGCUUUACCACGUGUUUCGAGGUAUAUCAGAGAUUGAGUCGUGUAAUGACGCAUGUUUGGAGACUGAGCCCUCGAUGGAGACGGGAGAUCUGUGUGCGGACACAAACCCCACUCCCAAAUACAAAGGCUGCCAUGAUCCUGAACCGGGCAACGAAACCUGUGGUUGUCGGCAUUUCACACACACACCGUUUAACAACUACAUGAGUUAUGCAGAUGAUGCCUGUACAGACUCCUUCACACUGAACCAGGUGGCGAGGAUGCACUGCUACCUGGACCUCAUCUACCAAACCUGGCAACCUGCCUCCAAACCUCCUCCAGUGCCAAUGGCACCCCAAGUGGUUGAGCAGCAUCAUAAUUACAUCACCCUGGAAUGGUUUCCACCCAUUUCUGGACACUUUUAUGACAGAGAAGUGGGAUCAGUGUGUGAUAAAUGCACUGAAGGGAGAGUUCUACUGCAGUAUGCCUCGAAUUCUUCAUCCCCACGACCAUGUGACCCUUCUGGACACUGGUCCCCACGAGAGGCUGAAGGCCCUCCAGAUGUGGAGCAGGUUUGCGAGCCAAGUGUACGCACCUGGAGCCCCAAUGCAGGCAAUGAGCAAGGUGUUGUCGGCCUGUCGGAGUGCCCUCUGCAGGGCUGCAUGCUUCAGCUAGAGUUCCCCUACCCACUGGUACCAGACUCACUGACUGUGUGGGUCACCUUCUUCAGUCCUGAGGAAACAGCACUGCCAGCUAUCCACAACAUUUUGCUACUGACUGUUAGUGGAAACAACAUUUCACUAGGCCCCAGUAAUGUCUUCUGUGACACCCCUCUGACUCUGAAGCUGGACAUAGAGGAAGAGAUGUAUGGGGUACAGUUUUUCACUAUGGAGCAACACCUAGAGAUUGAUGCCACCCUCUUGGCAUCCAAACCUGACUGCGCACUCUGCAGGCAUUGCCAACCACUACGUUACCGCCUGUUGCGCCAGCCACCCUUCACUCAUGCACCCCAUGGGCUGAUGUUGAAUGAACCCAUCCGCCGAUAUACAGACAGGGAUGUGCUGCCACAUGUUGUGUACACCUACCAGGUCCAAACCAUCUCCAGCCUGAGUGAGAGUGAACCCUCCCCACCUCUGGUGCACGAACUUGGGUCGCAAUACUGUGGCGAUGGACGCAUCCAGAGUUCCAAAGGAGAAGAAUGUGAUGACAUGAACUCUAUGAAUGGGGAUGGCUGCUCCAGUCAGUGCAAGAAAGAGCCCUUCUUCAACUGCAUUGAGGAGCCAAGCAUGUGCUACUACUAUGAUGGCGAUGGAGUGUGUGAGGACUUUGAGCGAGAGACAGGCGUCAGAGACUGUGGCCUCUACACCCCCAGUGGUUUCCUUGACCAGUGGGCGACCUCUGUAGAAGUUUCCCACGAGCAGAAGCCCUACUGCUCUGGUGAGGUGGCCGCUGGAUACCCCGCUGUUACUAAGACAUGUCAGUCCAAGGUGUUUGAUCUAUCAGAUGGAGUGUCUCAAUAUGCAUGGUUCCCCUGCCGUGAGGCCCAUGUGACAACCUGGGGAUAUCCGAACUACUGGCUCAAGGCCUACUUUUCUCAUCCCAUGGUGGCAGCAGCAGUGAUUAUCCAUCUUGCUGCUGAUGGGACUACCUACAUUGAUCAAACUCAGUGUAACAUCACUGUUCAGCUGGUGGACACCAAGGAGGGCAUCCACAGUCUGGGUGAAUGGCGUCUCAGCUGCCGUACAAACCCUUUGGUGAUCCCAGUGAGCCACGACCUCUCGGUGGCUUUCUACCACACCAAGGCUAUCCUGGUCAUGUUUGCCUCUCGCCUAGUGGCCAUCUCUGGAGUAGGCCUGCGCUCCUUCCAGUCCUUCGACCCCAUCACAAUAAGUGGUUGCCAGAGCAAUGAGAUCUACAACCCCACGGGCCAGAGUUGUGUACAUUAUUCGUGUGAAGCCAUUGACUGCCAGGAACCCUUAAUCCGCAAUGCAGAGCUCAAGUGCAGUAGCCCUGGCCGCCACUUCUACAAUGGAGAUCGCUGCACCAUCUACUGCAACUCGGGAUAUGUCCUGCAAAUCCACCAGGAUGAUGACAUCAUCAAGAGCCAGUCGGACUCUUCAGUGACCAUAACCUGUGCAAAUGGGAAAUGGAACAAACAGGUAUCAUGUGAGCCUGUGGACUGUGGUCUGCCAGACAAAUACCAUGUUCAUCCUGCCCAUUUCAACUUCCCCGAGGGCACUACCUACGGCAAGAAAAGCACUUUUCAGUGUCGAGAACCUGCUCAGCUUGUAGGUACAAACAACACUCUUACCUGCCUAGAAGAUGGUCUGUGGUCCUUUCCAGAGGCUCUUUGUGAGCUUCGCUGCCCAGCCCCUCCUCCUGUACCCAAUGCUGUGCUGCAGACCAAGCGUUGCAAUGAGACAGGCCUCAAAGUGGGCACGCUCUGCAAAUACAAGUGCAAGCCAGGCUACCAUGUCACCAAAAAACCUAAAAGGCGAGCAUUUAAACGCCAGUGCACAGAGGAUGGCAGCUGGCUAGAGGGAGCAUGCGAACCAGUGACUUGUGAUCCCCCACCUCCCAUCUUCCACGGCUCCUAUCACUGUACCGACGGCUUCCGCUUUGACAGCAUCUGCAGACUCAACUGCUCUGUUCCUGCCGGUAAUACCGCUAUCACCGCCACAGGAGGCUCUGCCCAUACGGGCGCGGGGUCCAAUGUGAUCCGCUGUCGGAAAGAUGGAAACUGGACUGGGUCGUUCGUCUUGUGCCCACACAGCAAAGGCCAGUGUUCUUUACCUCAAAACCUCCAUUAUAGCCUUCAGUACUCAUGCAGGCGAGGACACGGCAUAGGUGAGGAGUGUGAGCUGACGUGUAGGGAGAGUAACAACGACGUGGUGAUCCUCCCUAGCAACAUGACAGUAGAAAGUGUACUUAAAGAACACUGGAGGAACCCACACAAAGUCAAGAGUAUAGUCUGUACAAUGGGAUUGAAAUGGUAUCCACACCCAGAAUUGCUUCACUGCAUCAAAGGAUGUGAGCCAUUCAUGGGAGACAACUACUGUGAUGCGGUCAACAAUAGAGCCUUCUGUAACUAUGAUGGAGGAGACUGUUGCCAAUCCACUGUCAAGACUAAGAAGGUGAUUCCAUUCCCCAUGUCCUGCGACAUACGGGAUGAGUGCUCCUGUCGGGAUCCAAAUGCUAUAGAGAACAGAAAGGAUGAACAUGUUCAUUCCCUGGGGUGACCAACCUGUGCGGGGACCUCUGUUCAACGUCCCAGGACCCUUGCUCCAACACAACACAGCCAGAGUGGCCGGGUCAGACCCCUCCUUCAUCCUCCUCUCGGCCUCCAGGUUCCUGCACAUGCUGCUUAACAGGCAUACCUCUCCAUCCAUAUUGCAACCCCAUCCAGCUAAAAUGCCUCCGCCUCCACAUCACAGAAAACUCUAGAAUAGAGGCUGGGACUCAUGAGACUCCACAGAAUACAUUCUCAUUUCUCAGCUAAAAGGAAAGUAACUCUGCAAUAUAAAAAAUAAAAAUAAAAAUAAAAUAAAAUAGACAUAUAUAGCAAGCAGGGGGAAAAAAAUACAUGAAACAGACAUUUUUUGAAAGAAGAAAACAUACGAACAACAACAACAAAAAAAAACCUAAACAGAAACAUAACCAAGCCUAGGUAGCAUGCCUUUUUGUUCAGUUUUGUGCUGGCUUCAGUGUCUGUUUUAGUGACCUUGCUCUACAAUCACAUGAUUGAACCAAAGGUAAAUCAAGAUGUUCAAGUGGGGGAUUGUGUUGAUGUUGGCUCUGUGUUUUGCAAAUAUGAAGGAAAUCGAGACAAAUGUUCAAAAUAAUCCUCAGACGUUUGAAGGCAUGUUGGAAACCUUCUUAGGGGGGCUAGAAGUUUGUGCUUAUAUCAUUCCUGGUUUCAAACUGUCUUUUUCUGUAAGUAUGUUUCUUCACAGGCACAUCAGAGGCUAUAGAGGUUACUCCUAGCUUGGUGGGGAAUGAGACAGCCAUAUUGAUAAGUUUUAAGCCACAGAUUUGACACAAAAGCCAAAAUAAAAUGCACAAACACACAAUAAAUGUCAACUAAUUGUUGACCCAUCACAGACAGAAUUUCAUAAGACAAUUUUAUACUUACAGCAAAGUCCAGAAUGCAUAAUUAAAGCUUUUUUAGCUUGACUUCUGCUAACGUGUUUGCUGCUACUUGCCAUCUUCACAUAAUAUCUAAUAGGGUUAGACAGCUUUGUCUGCCUUGCUGCUCACAGUACCUCUUUAUAGCAUUCAUUCACGCUUGCAUGUUAGUCCGUAAUACUUUCGGAGAAUACAUGUUGACAGCACCAUAUACGAAAUGCACUAAGAACUUUAAAAAGAAAAAAAAAAUAUCAAAACCUCACUUGACAUUCAUGUUUUACUUAUCUGCCCAGGACAAAUACUUCAUACAUUGACCACGACUUAAAGAAUGUCAUCCAUAACACCUCACUUUGGGUUGGGGUGAUUUUACUGCCAGUUUGAACUCUUCCUCGUGGUGCUUGAUAAGAAUUGUGUUACCUCUAGCACUGAUUUAAAAUGUUUAAACUGAAAGUAAAAUGAUCCCAGCCCUGUUCAGAAUGUAGUCAAUGCUUAUCAAUGCUUUUUUGAUCGCACAAUUUUGCAUCACACAGUCACACAAGAGUACAGAAAUAAAGAGCUGGAUAUAGGCCAUGGCUCUUAGUGAGAAUGAGCAUAGAUGGAAGGAGAACACAUGUGAGACACACACACAAACAAAUGCAUACACACACUCAUAUGCAUACACACUUUCCCCUCCGAGUAGUAUUGGACUCUCAGCUGUAGCUCUGCAGGCAACAACAUUGUACAUGAAAAUGACAUUUGGAUGUACAUAUCAACACAGCAUUUGCAGUCACAAUAUGAUCAAAGGUCCCUAAGAUUCUCUGGUGGGUCUAGUGUUUAUAUAAUUUAUGUAAACUUUACAUUUGUCUCUGCAGUAAAAAGUGCACUUUGGUGUUCUGAUCAGCACUUUUCAGUAUUGUGAAUUUGGGUGUCCAUCCCCACCAAUUAACUUCUUUAGAUUAUAUGGCUGCUACAGUAGCUUUGUACUUUGUCACACUUCAUUCCAGGCGCAUAUACAUUAUUUUUUUUGUAUUGCACAUUUGACAAUGAAGGCUGUAUGGCAUAUUGGACCCAAUUUUGCUGCUCUUAUUUGGCUGCAACCAUAGUCAUGGUUACAAUCAGCAUGAUUAUGCCUUUACAUUUGGGGCCAAUGGCACAGUCCCCCUGACUCAUAUUAGGCUUCUACAGCAUUCCAGAUCAUUCUUGUAAAUCAUUGUACACAACAAACUACACAAGUGGUAAUGGAAGACCAAUUUCAUGUCAUUUUAAAACCCAAUGUUAGUGAAGAAAGACAAUACCACAACAUGAGAAAGUGAGAAGGUAUUAUUUUCCACCAAUACAAUGAGAAAAAAAAUCACAAAUAUGUAAAUAUUACUACUUUAUGUUCUUGACAGCAAGGAGCAUUGAAUUUCUUUUUUCAUGUAUUUCAUUUUUAAAAAAACAUCAUAUUUAAUCAGUGUUUGUAUUAUUGACCUCAGUUACUGCACUUUUUAGUUUCCAUGUAAGAAGAAAAAGUAUAUCUUUCAAAAAUGUUUAGAAGCUGCUAUUGUCAGAAUGGUGAUCUGAUUCAAACUGUAUGACAUUCGGUCAUUUGACUCCCUGUGUUGCCAUUAGUUUUCCUGUUAUUCGUUUUAUUUGUAUCUGGCCAUAGAUAUUCCUCUCCAACCUAACUUUCCUUGCAUUUAAUGUUAUCAGUGAUGUAGGAAGGCAUUGUCACUAUGAAACAUAUAUUCAUCCAUUCAUUAUACAUUCGGGCCCCAACCCCCACGACCACCACCACCACCACCUCCACCUCCCAACCCUUCAAAAAACAGGUUUCACAUCAAUACAAGACAUUAUGUUAAGAAAUAUUACGUCACAUAUUUAAGGAGUUUUACCCUGAUGUGUAUGUAAUACAUAAUCUAGGGUUAAAGGUGUGCAUUUUGGCAGAUAAACUGAUUGAUGUCAAAAGGAAAGAAAAGCUUAAAUGAAGGAAUUCCCAUUAAAAGGGACUCUUGAGAGACUUUGUAACUUUUAUGAAAUAUGACACUUUGUAAGGAUGUUUUAAAGGCUACAUCAUCUUCAAAGAUUGCAUAUAUUACUUUAUAUGAAAGCAUAUAUAACCCUGGUGAAAAAAAGACUUGUAUUAUAUUAUAUUAACAAAUUAUAUGUAAUAUUAGUACUCCAGAUAUUGCUGCUUUACAUAGAACUGUUACCAGUGGGGAGAGACUGAUCUGCAAUCACUACACUAUGCCAACAACAUGCAGUACUGUGGUUCAUCUUCUGCCAUUGAGGUCACUGGAAAGCCAUUUUAGCCGUUUGAAUGGAUGAAUCCGAAAUCCGCCAUUGGAUCCUUCCCUUCAUUCUGUAAACCUGUUAGAAUCCUGUCAUUGCUUCAACGUAAUUUGACCAACCUAGUCAAUGUCUGGAUGCCAAACCAACUGCUCUAUCAGAAAGGUUGCAGAAUGUGACUGCUCAUCAACUUGAAAAAUUACAUUCUUUAUUUUGGAGAAGGUACCCAUAAGCCAUAGCUAACAGAGAUAUUCAUGGAAGGAAGUAUAAGAUUACACAUUGGAUGAGGACAUCACCUCUCUACUGUAGUCAUCACAGGAUCCCUUGCUGUACCUCAUGCCUGUAAUGUUUGCUGCUUCUAUAUUUUUGGUAUUUUAGUGACAUUUUUGCGUCUCAUAACAAUGGUGUAAAUAGUAGAACUAUUUAUUGAGAGUGUUAUACUUUUUUAAGUUAUAUUUAAUGUCCAUGUAAGUUAUUUUUUACAUUGUUCUUAUAAACAAAAACAUUAUCGGUUGUGAGUCAAAACUGUCAUAUUGUCUCCUGUAUCACACUCUGUUGUGAUCAGACACACAGUACACUUCAGGCCCACAACCACACAAGAACUUGUCUCAUUGGUCAUUAAGUGUAGAUGGACACUGCUUGCAUCCAAUGAAGAUUCACCACAUGUUUAAAUGUUACUGAGUGCAGUGUAUCUUUUCUUUUGCUUUUAAACCAGAAUGUAAAGGGUUUUUUUUCCUUAUUUUUUUAAUGCACACAUUAGCCAUACAUGAAGUUGUGAAAACAGAACCAAGUAUAUAAUGGUCAAGCACGUACAUCCAUAAAAUAGCAAAUAAUGUUCUGAGAGAACAGGCGGAGGCACGCGGAAUAUCAGUACAGCCAGCUGAGGGCAAGAGAAAAUGCACAAAUGGCAAAAAGAGGGAUCAAAAAUGAAGGAAAAGAAGGACUAGAGGUCAGAAGGCAGCCGAUGGUGCCCCAGAUAGAGUGUUCUUGGAUAGAGGAAAAGAAGAAGGUGGGCACACAGAGAGGUAGGGAUGGGUGGGCUGCUUUUCCUGGCCUGUCUUGUUAUUUGUCCAGGUGUGAAAAUGUGUACUCACAGAGGCUGCCCCUGGGCCAGGGGUGGCCAGCGCUGACUGGCAACAAGCCGAGGCCAGUGAGUCAGAGUUUCUCCUCGGGGUGGCAGCCAUCCCUCUCUGGGACUCCCACCACCCUCUCCCUCACCCCCUCCCACGUCCACCUCCCCACUCCUCGACACACUGCCUCAUCUGUCACUGUCAGGUAUGCCUGCACAGGGCUGCCAGGGUCAAGCUGGCCCUGUGAAAAUGAGAGAGGAUGUUUGCCCAGCUUACAGAGCCUUUUGAAGUUAGGCUGAAGGAACACAGUUCUCCUCACCUUGAGCCUAUGCUUAUCACACAACAUGAUUUGUGUAGUAGUCGUUUUUGACAGGCUUUGAGACCUCUCUACAUUUUCCACCAACAGUUGCUCCUCUGUUUCUAAUUUAACACCUGGUUGUCGUGUUGCUUGUCUAAAAAUGGCAGAGACUUUGUUGUGUCUAACUCAUUACAAAGCGAUGGUAUGUGUAAGAAAGAGUCUGAGGCCCUAAUAGUUUUGCUCAGAUCAUUGUUGAGAAAAAUACUGAUGUGCCAUCUUGUUGUAAGACAUUUUCUUUGUGUAUUGUAACACAUGACGUACCUCUCGCAGGCCUCUGGUUAUAAAAUGGUCCACUUAUGUCUAUUUCCUAAUCCCUCGAUGAAUUAAAAAAAAGGUGAAUUGUCCUUUUUUUUCUAAGUGGGAAGUUCAAAAAAGUGUAUUUACAUAUUAUAUGGAUAUCUAGUGGUAUUACUGCGAUGUUUCGUACCUGAUUGCUCAACAAAUACAUUUUAAGAUGUAAAUAAUAAUAUUAUAUGAUGAUUGUAUUUGCAAACCAUGUACUAACUGUUUUUGAGUAGCUCUUGGAUUGGUUUUUAUCAUAACUAUUAUACAAAGAUGAACCGUGAAUAUGUUGUGCAUUGUGUCAAAGUAUCACCUGCAAGACAGACAAAAGAAAAAAAAAAAAAGACCUGUGAUGCUUUACCACACCACUCG